AUGAAUUAAAAUAAAUAAUAACUAGUGCACUUGUACUAAUUAUGGCCAUCUAACAAUCGAUUCUUUUGUAGAGGUCGUUUAAUGACAGGACCAAGGGCAGACAAUACUACUAAUUUAAUAACAUGGCUAUUAAUAAUUCUUAUUGGUGCUCCAUUCGUUGUCUAUAUCUCCCCAUAGAUUUGGAUUGUUUUGCAUCCAUCUCUUCCAAUAAUAUCAUAUGUCAUGUAUUUUAGCUGUAUACUCUUCCUAUUUAUGACUUAAUUUACUGAUCCAGUAACAUAUUCAUAAUAUUUUAUAUAGGGAAUUAUCCCUAGAAAAGAAAUCAUUGAAAAAAUAAGAGAUGAAAAUCUAUUGCAUUUAAUACCAACUGAAGCUGAUAAUGCUAAUUAUUCAGUUAAAAUUUGUAUUACUUGUAUGAUUAAAAAACCACCUCGCUCUAAUCAUUGUGCAGAAUGCGAUAAUUGCGUAGAUGUAUUUGAUCAUCAUUGCCCAUUUGUUAACAAUUGUAUUGGAAAACGAAAUUAUGCAUAUUUCAUAUCAUUUAUUGCAACACUUACCAUGGCAGCUAUUUCUUUUGGAAUUGAAUUUUUAUCUUUCGUUAUACUCAUUGCUACAACUGAUUAAAAAGUUCAGCAAAUUCUUAUCAUUAUUUUGAUGAUCCCAUUUGGAAUAUGCAUUUUGUUAGUCUUUGGUCUGCUUAUAUUUCAUAUCUUUCUCAUCAUCACUGGAAAAACUACUAAAGAACAACUUAAAAAUUUAGAAAAGAGUUCUACUCAUAGUAAAUGUGAAAGAACUAAGAGUCUCUUCAACUCUAGAUUAAUUGUUGAAAAAUUAUCAUAUGAUUAAAUUAGAUAUGAUUAAGAAAUAGCUGAUAUCAAUCCAAUCAUUAUUCCAGCUUGA